AUGUUGAGUCGGCAAUCCCUCUUGGAUCAUAUCACUGUUCAACUAGCACCGCGUGCGGCUGAUGAGAUAUGGUACGGUGAGGGCCAGUUGAGUACGAUGUGGGCAGAAACGGCAGACAAUGCUAGGUCAGCUGCACGGGCUUUUGUUCUUGGUGGCCUUUCCGAGAAACAUUACGGUUUGAAUAACUUCUGGGUUGCGGAUCGAAUAAAUGAGAUUGAUUUGGAGGCUUUGCGAAUCCUAAAUAUGUGUUAUGCACGCACAAAAGAGAUCUUGCUGCAAAACCGAAAACUCAUGGAUUCUGUUGUUGAUGCGCUUGUUAAGAAAAAAAGUCUGAGCAAGCAAGAAUUCUUUAACCUAGUUGAGUUGCAUGGUUCCCUUAAACCAAUUCCAACCAGCAUAGUUGAUAUUAGGGUUGAUAAGCGUUUGCAGUUCCAAAAAAUGAUGAAGAACCAGAACAAAGCAGCUCUUACAGAGUCCGUGUGA